CAUUGAUUUUUUUUAUUUUCCAAAAUGAUGGAAGACAAGUCCCGGCGGUAUGAAAAAAUAGAAUUUUUAGGCGAAGGACAGUUUGCAACAGUCUACAAAGCAAAGGAUUUGAAAACUGGGAGUAUUGUAGCAGUCAAAAAGAUUAAAGUUGGCACAAGAGCUGAAGCUGCUGAUGGAAUAAACAGAACUGCCUUACGAGAAAUCAAAUUAUUACAGGAUCUUCAUCACAAACACAUUAUUGGGCUGCAAGAUGUAUUUGGAUUGGGACAUCGGUCCAAUGUCAACCUGGUGUUUGACUUUAUGGAAACAGAUCUGGAGAUUAUAAUUAAAGACCAGAACAUCGUAAUGACCCCGGGCCAUGUGAAGUCAUACAUACUACAGACUCUCUUAGGACUGGAAUAUCUACAUGUACAAUUUAUCCUGCAUAGGGAUUUGAAGCCAAACAAUUUACUGAUCAAUGACCAGGGGGUGUUAAAGAUAGGAGAUUUUGGAUUAGCCAAAUUUUUUGGAUCACCAACAAGAGUGUACACACAUCAAGUGGUUACCAGGUGGUACAGGUGUCCUGAGCUUUUAUUUGGUGCACGACAGUAUGGGACUGGAGUAGAUAUAUGGGCCGUUGGAUGUAUUCUGGCAGAAUUACUUCUGAGAGUGCCAUUUUUGCCAGGAGAAUCAGACUUGGAUCAGCUUAGUAAAAUAUUUCGAGCACUUGGUACACCCACAGAAAAAGACUGGCCGAAAAUCAAAGCAUUACCAGACUUUCUCCAGUUUAAGUCAUUCCCUGCCAUUCCAUUAAAGGAGAUAUUUAUAGCAGCCUCAGAUGAUCUUCUUGAAGUGUUGUCCGCAAUGCUGAAAAUGGACCCCUUACAGCGCUGCACAUCAACUCAGGCUUUACAAAUGGAGUACUUCAGCAACAAGCCUGGCCCCACCCCUGGUCCCCAGCUCCCCCGGCCUGGCAGUAACAAAAUUGUCCCUCAGAAAGAGGAAAGCAUGUCUUUAAAAAGGAAAAUACAAGAACAGGGAGGUGGACUUAUAAAAAAACUACAGUUUUAGUAGGACUUCUUGAAGAACUCAGUGAAAGGAAGAAUUUAUAUCUAAACCUGUGAGAAACACCUCAGUGCUUAUCACAAGAGUUAUACAUACCUGUAUGAGGCUUUCAGUGGAAUUCGAAUACAAUCUAGUAAACGAGUGAAAUGUCUUUCAUAUUCACAUGUUAACUCAUACAACAUCUUCCAACUCAGGAACUUGGAGAAACUGUCCAUAUUUGUGAAAUGUACAUUCUGAUAUGCCUAAGUAAAAUGUUACACAAUGUGAUGCUUACAAAAUGAUCAGUUGGUGCUGUGUGCCUGAGGAACACUACGUGUUUGAGUGUUUGCUGAACUGUUUUGGAAAAAUGUGAAAAAGUUUUUCUUGUUUGAGUUUUUAACUGUAGUGGAGAACGUGAAGAAGUUGACAGGUGUUUGUUUGAGUGUUUGUUGAACUGUAGUGGAAAAUGUGAUGAAGUUGACAGGUGUUUGACUGUUUGUUUGCUGAACUGUAGUGAGAAUGUGAUGAAGCCUACAGGUGCUUGUUUCAGUGUUUGCUGAAAUGUGGUGGAAAUAUGUGAAGAAGUGUUUGUUUGCUGAACUGUAGUGGAGGAUGUGAUGACGUUGACAGGUGCUUGUUUUGUUAUCAGUGUUAGGACUACAAGUACACAGUGAUGUGUUAGGACUAGGAGUCCACAGUGAUGUGAUAGGACUAGGAUGCUGUGAUGCCAUCAUUUGUCUGCCAGCAGAUUGUUGUUGUGUUCAUUUUUGUGUACUAUUAAAGUACAAUUUAUAAUAGCA